GGCGCCGGCACCCCGGGAGCGGCCCCGGGGAAGGGGAGCUGCCAGCACCCCCUGCCCGGCCUCACAGCCCCGCCUCGGCAACGCGCUCCGUCCUCUCGCGCUCCGUCCUCUCCCGCUCCGCUUCUCCGCGCUUCCCGGGAGGGCGAUUCUUCCUCCUCACCAGGUGCCUCUCUGCUCCGGCUCUGCACCCUGGACAUGGCAGCACCCAAGGUCGCAGUGAUUGGCGCCGGAGUUGUCGGCCUGUCCACAGCACUGUGCAUCGUGGAGACUUGCCCCAGCUGCUCUGUGACGGUCCUUUCAGACCAGUUCAGCCCAAACACAACAAGCAAUGUGGCAGCAGGGAUACUCAUCCCCCACACCUACCCAGGCACACCAAUCCACGUGCAGAAGCAGUGGUUCAAAGAGACCUUCACUUACCUUUUCGCCCUCAGCAACUCGAAUGAGGCAUCAGAGGCUGGUGUUCACCUGGUCUCUGGGUGGCAGAUCUUUAAAAACACUCCCACUCCCAAGGAAGAGCUGCCUUUCUGGUCGGAUGUCGUCCUGGGAUUUCGACCAAUGUCUGAAGCAGAACUACAAAAGUUUCCACAGCACCAGUUUGGUCAGGCCUUUACGACACUGAAAUGUGAAUGUCCACCCUAUCUGCUGUGGCUGGAGAAAAGGUUGAAAGCAAAUGGUGUCCAGAUGUACACCAGAAAAGUUGCAGACUUGUGGGAGCUACACAGCGAGUAUAACAUCAUCGUCAACUGCUCGGGCAUUGGAGCCCACCAGCUGGUGGGGGAUGAGAAGCUCUUACCUGUUAGGGGACAAGUACUCAAGGUUCAUGCUCCCUGGGUGAAAAACUUCAUCCGGGAUGGGGAUGGCUUAACUUACAUCUAUCCGGGGAUAUACAGUGUAACCCUAGGGGGAACCAGGGAAAAGGAGAAAUGGAGUCUCUCCCCUGAUCCUGACACUACCAAAGACAUCUUUGAAAGAUGUUGCUCCCUUGAGCCAUCACUGUGGGGAGCUCAGGAUAUCGAGGUGAAGGUGGGCCUGAGGCCAUCCAGGUGGUGCGUGAGACUGGAGAGACAGGUCUUGAGCCGAGGAGGAGUUAAGCUUCCCGUGGUCCACAACUAUGGGCAUGGGGCAGGUGGCUUCUCAGUGCACAGGGGCACAGCCAAAGAGGCUGCCCGCUUGGUGGGAGAGUGCAUUGCAGCCCUGCAAGGCUCCUCAUCAAGAGCCAAACUUUGAAUCCCACAGCUUCCUUUUCCAUUUAUGAUAGGUUAGUAUUGCAUCUCCUAGUAGCAGCUUUGGACUUUUAUUCCAUUACUGCAUAGAAGGAACCUAAAACAACAGCUUGGCCAUUGCAGAUGCUUGGUGGUAUCUCACCUGGCUUCCAGGUGCCACCUUGGAAAGGUAUGCUGGGUUGAUCCAAGUAUUAGUCCAGCUGUCCUCCUCAUCCAUCUGGCAUUGUUUCUGCCCUGGGCAUUUCUCCUAGCCUCAUGUUAAGGAGAAGGCAAAAUAUGUAAAUAUUCUUCAAAUAACAGGGAUCAGAUUGCUGCAGUAUAAUAUAAAUAAUAUCAAUUUAACAUUUCUUCAUCUGCAUCUAAAGGAUAUCGGAUGCACUAGGUUCAGAUUCAGCAGAAACUAUUUAUCUCCUCUUGAACAAAAUCUAGCCUAGUAUUGCCCUUUCUCCUGCCAUUUUGCUAACAAACUUCACAAUUUUUUACAUGAUCUAUAAGGAAAAGAAAACCCCACACAAUGCUGCAUUCCAGUGCUCCAGGUCAGCUCUUACAGAAAGCAAUGUUAGGCAAUGUUAGGCAACACACCAGGCAAGUGUGAUUUUAAGAGCAGAUCUGUGACAGUGAUCCCUGAAUCGGCUCAUAUUACACCCCAGGGAACUUAACACAAAGUUUCUGUGAGAGGAAGUUGCCACAUAUAAGCUACAGGUUUGUACGUCUUUUCUCACAUUUGUUUGCAAAUACUUUUUUUCCUCCAAGCCCCUCAGACACAGAUGUUUCCCUUCCCCCCAAUAGCAGCAUUGACAUGGCCUGUGUUCUACAGAAGAGGGUUUUCAGGGUGGGCUUGGGCAUGAAAGGUUCUCUUAUCCGCUUCACAUCAGCACUGGCUGCUUUCCUUGCAACAGCUGAUAUGAAUAAAUUGGUGACAAACUAGCAGGGAUCAUAACACCAGCUUCAGUUACAUAAAAUAGAAAGAGCUAUUUAAGACUACAUAAACACUCUAAAGACAAAUUUGUCCAUAGCAGGACAUGAGUGAGCUCCUCUGUUGUAAAGAAGCUGAGCCACCACAGCCCAGACCCUCACUCCAUGGCAGAGUCUGAGCUGGGCUUUAUGCUCACCUCAGCAGCUCAAGCCAUCUGAUAUGGCUGAAGAUAAGUCACUCCACAAAACUGGAGUUUGCUGUCAAAGUACAGGUCUGACUGUCAGUGAUUACACCACUCGUUAGAUUGUAAAUGGCUUGUUCAAGAGUGUUAGCAUCCACUUUUUUCUAGGGUUUUUUUGUCCUUACAGUAACAAAACAAAUCAAAAUCCUUCAACAACUCACAAGAUUAAAAUGAACUGCUAAAUAAAGUUCUUAAUAACGGAGCAAAGGUCA